GUUUGCAGGACACAACUCGGGUCCCUCCAUCUUCUUCUUCUCUCUCUUCUUAAGCGAACCCGCAAGCGCACUUCCAUCUUACUUGCUUUAAUUUGUGCUGCAAUAUUAUUAUUAUUAUAACCCUGAUUUUUGUUUUGCAGGCUUUAAUAAUCUUGUUUCUUUGUUUAUUGAAAUCUCUGUUUUUGUAUCUCUUUUUUUUUGUGCUAACACCAUGGAUGCAGGAUCAUUGAGUUCUGUCUCAGCAAGUAAGACCAAAUCUCGUUGCCCUCUCCAGGAACAAUAUUUACAAAAGAGGAAUUCUCGGGAAAAUUUGGAUAGGUUCAUUCCUAAUCGAUCGGCAAUGGAUAUGGACUAUGCACAUUACAUGUUGACAGAGGGAAGGAAAGGUAAGGAAAAUCCAGCUGUUGAUUCUCCCUCCAGAGAAGCAUACAGGAAGCAGCUUGCGGAAACAUUCAACAUGAACAGGACCCGAAUAUUGGCGUUCAAGAACAAGCCACCCACUUCUGUUGAGGCUAUUCCAAACGACUUCUCAUCAUCUGUUCACCAACAGGCGAAGACUGCUAAACCCCGUCGAUACAUUCCUCAGACCUCUGAAAGGACAUUAGAUGCUCCAGAUCUAGUGGAUGACUACUAUUUGAAUUUGUUAGAUUGGGGCAGCAGCAAUGUUCUUUCUAUUGCUCUAGGCAGCACUGUAUAUCUGUGGGAUGCAUCUGAUGGUGCCACUUCAGAAUUGGUCACCGUUGAUGAAGAGCAUGGUCCUGUUACAAGUGUUAAAUGGGCUCCUGAUGGUAGACAUAUUGCUCUUGGUCUGAACAAUUCUGAUGUUCAGCUCUGGGAUACAACGGCAAAUCGGCUGCUGAGAACUAUGAGAGGUGGUCACAGAUCCCGAGUUGGCGCUCUAGAUUGGAACAAUCACGUAUUGACAACUGGGGGCAUGGAUGGUCAGAUCAUAAACAAUGAUGUGAGGGUGCGAUCGCCAAUUGUGGAUACAUACCAAGGACAUCACCAAGAAGUUUGUGGUUUAAAAUGGUCAGCCUCUGGCCAACAACUAGCUAGUGGUGGAAAUGAUAAUCUCCUCCAUAUAUGGGACAGAUCAAUGGCUUCUUCCAACACAUCAACAGAGUGGCUUCACAGGCUUGAAGAUCAUACAGCUGCUGUUAAGGCCCUUGCUUGGUGUCCUUUCCAGAGUAACUUACUAGCCUCUGGUGGUGGUGGAGGUGAUAGGUCCAUUAAGUUCUGGAACACCCAUACUGGUGCUUGCUUGAACUCUAUCGAUACGGGCUCUCAGGUUUGUGCCCUGCUAUGGAACAAGAACGAACGUGAGCUCCUAAGUUCACAUGGUUUCACAAAGAAUCAGCUCACUCUUUGGAAAUACCCUUCCAUGGUAAAGACAGCCGAGCUUACUGGUCACACAUCCAGAGUUCUUUUCAUGGCACAGAGUCCAGAUGGUUGCACGGUGGCAUCUGCAGCUGGGGAUGAAACUCUUAGAUUUUGGAAUGUAUUUGGUACUCCUGAAGUUGCAAAGCCUGCGCCAAAGGCAAACCCUGAGCCAUUUGCUCACCUUAACCGUAUUCGGUGAAUUGUGAGGGACACUAUAUAUUGUGAGAGUGAUUGAAUUUCUGUAAAGUCUAUUCAGCUCAAAAUGCUCAUGAACCAGACAACUGCUGUAUUUAUUGUGUAAAAAGAGAUACUUCGGUUCAUUUUCCUGUAUUCGUUCGUUGGUGAAGUUCGUGUAAAUGGAGGAGCUAUUUGUUUGCUUAAGUUGCUGCGAUAAUUUUUCUUGGUCACCUAUAGUGACAAAAAGCAUGUGUAAAAAGAUAAAAAGCAAAGGUUCUUCAACAUAAGAAUAUUGUAUCAUUGUGAAACCUUUGGAGGGUUCUACUCCCUGAAUAA